UUGUGGUAUGUGUUAGUUAGUGGGUUGGAGCCAGUCGACAGCUGCCUCGGCUUCUACAACACAACUGAACGCCAAAAUUACACAAUUGAGCACCAAAAUUAGGACAACAUGGACUUUUCUAUCAGGGAUGCUAACGUGGAGGACUGCAAGGAUGUGGCGCGGAUGAACCUGGAUCUGGCCGCGUACGAGAAGAUCCCAGAGCAGUGUGUACCACACAAAUUCUGCGACUUAGAUUUGGAACAAGAUGGUUUCUCCAAGAACCCGUUCUUCCAGUGUCUCAUCGCUGAGGUCCCUCAGCAGCACAAAAGUAAAGAUGGUUACACAUCGAUCGGCUUUGCACUUUACUUCUACUCAUACUGCGCAUGGAGAGGGAGAUCUAUCUACUUGGAGGGCCUGUACGUCAUGCCGGAAUUCCGAGGGCAAGGUGUGGGUAAAGCGUUAUUGAGCAAAGUAGCACAGCGGGGUUUAGCUGCAGGCUGCAACAUGCUCAACUUCAUCGUGAUGCACGCCAACCAGUCGUCUGUGGACUUUUACAUGCGGCAAGGCGGCUCAGACUUGACGUCUGAUGUGGGCUAUCACUAUAUGGCGUUCAAAGAGGACGCCCUGCAGCAGCUGGCACAGACCUGACACUCGAUCCUUGACCAUUGCAAGUGGAGACAAUCAAACUGCCGUGAUGUUAUUGCUCACAUUAAAGUUAAUCUUUAUAAUUUCCUUCUUUCGCUGCUGUUGCCCGGGGUCACUUAUGCAAAGGUAGCAAAUUUGAUUGGUUUGCUAUUUUCAUGUAAACAAUGAUUUCUGAGGUUUCUAUGCUAAUGCUGCUCGUCAAAGAUGAAAGCCGUCACACUGUAUGACAAGGAGUCCAAACUUUCAUACUUUUUGUUCAUCAAAUCCUAAAAAAAAAAUCCAAUGUUGAUCAACAUAUGCUGAACUCUCUGAAAAAUCUUAGGUUUGCGUUUUAGGUGACAAAUCAGUGUAAUGAAAUUGAGGUUUUUCCAUUCCUUUUUCAAUUUGUAUUGUUAACAUGCAAACAUCACUGCUGUCCCCUUAUUGUAUAUGAAAAAUGUCUUCCAAAUAAUUAAA